AAGGCUUAGUAUGUGCACAUGUGCACAUUACAGUGAGUAAGGCCUAGUGCUGAACAACAGAUGUUUUUGUGAAAUUUAUUAUGUAACUUAAUAAACCAGCAGGAAUCUGUAUGACACACUCCCAAUUCUCAAACAGAAUACUCUCGUGUUUGUUUAGCCAAAUGUCUAUAUGCUUAGCUCCACAGAGGGACCCAGGCACUUAGCCAACUGGGAUCAUAUUUAAUAGAUGGGAGUUGGUAGUUCUUUUAUUCUGUAAAAGAAGCAAUUCUCCAUGUGUGUGUCCUAGACAUUUCAAAGUGGUGUUGAUUGGGCCCCAAACCAUGGGACAGAAAGCAUCUCAGCCACUGGCCUUGAAUGACAGCAUUUGUGAGGGAUCCAGUGAGGCCAUCAUCCAUGCAGCUCAGAAACUGAAGGAAUAUCUGGGUGUCGAGUAUCCCUUGUGCAGCCUAUGCCCUGCUUUGAGUACACUCAAUGAGAUCUUCUUAAUCUCCUUCAUCACCUUCUGCCAAGAAAGGGGGCUUGGAGAGUGGGUCACCACCACCAAAAUGACCAAGCACCAAGCCUUUCUGUUUGGGACAGACUGGAUUUGGACCUUUUGGGGACCUGAUAAACAAAUAAAGCUUCAGAUUGCAGUACAGACUCUACAAAUGGCGUCCCUUCCUCCCAUAGGACCGAAGCCUUGCAAUUCCUUCAAUCCAGAUGCCCAAGUGCAAGAGUCUUGGAAGAAGAGCAGGUUUGACCAACUGGAAGAGUUUUGUGAUCUGAUUGGAGAGGAUUGCCUGGGCCUGUUCAUCAUCUUUGGUACACCAGGAAAACCCAAAGACAUCCGGGCAGUGGUCCUGGACAGUGUCAGGAACUGGACAGUAAAGAGUCAGCUGCCAGGAAGGAAGGUUGUAGAACAUUUUGUCUUAGAAACCAAUGACUGCCUCUCUAUCAAAGAGCUUCUUGGAAACUGUCUGAGUAAGGAAAAUGGGCUGAGAAAGGUGGGCAAGGUGUAUAUUAGCAUCCUCUGAACUGGGUAUGUGUGUUGGGUGUGGCUGGCCCUUUAUUAAGGGGGAAAGGGCUUUUUAUUCUUUUAAGCAAAAAGUCACCUGUUAAGUGAAGACAGCAUGGGAUUUUUUUCCUUCCUCAAAUGAUGUACCUAGGUGGAAACAGCCUCGUGUCACAAUGAUGGAGAGAAACAAAAGCUGGUUAAUUGAAUUUUAGGGAAAAAAGAAAGUUGAAUCUGCAUGCAUUUGUUCAAUAAUAAGAA